CUAUGAUCCAUGCCCGCUUAUCCUGGUCCGGGUUGCGGGGGUGCGGGAGCCUAUCUCACCAUGCAUUGGGCGAGAUACAGGAAUACACCAAUCUCGAGUCGACACCAGACCACUCACCAAUCUAUCGCAGGACGCACACACUAUUGAUUCACACACUCAUACCUAUGGGCAAUUUGGCGUCUCCAGUUAGCCUACCUGCAUGUUUUUGGACUAUGUGGGAGGAAACCAGAGUACCCAGAGGAAACCCAUGCGGAUACGGGGAGGACAUGAAAACUCUACAAAAUAAAUAUUCAUGUUAUUGUUAAUGUCACGCCGUGAAAAGGAGUCGGAGAACUUGGAGAACGGUUUUCCGCCACUCGGCUGAAGGUGCUAGUGCUCACCUGAGCAUUUGUAACGACUGAUUUUGUGGAAGCUGUCAUCAGGUGUCAAGAAAGGAAUAUAGACUUCAACAGAAGUUUGACGGCAGAGACUGAAGUGGAAGGAAAGGAGUGGCCAGAUGUUGUAUCGCUGCCUACAGCAUCGCAGGCAGGCAGGGCACGUCUGAGAGAGCAGCGGAGGGACGAGCCGGGAGAUUUGAGCCCCGCUCAGAGCCGAGCCUCGGGAUUCUGGGAUACGCCUCGGGGACAGAUCCGUCACGAGCGCCCGCGAACCGGAGCUACGACCGGCGCUUUCCCCCUCGCUCUCCCUCCUUCCCUCCGUCUCUCAGCCUUAUCCCUUCGCUCGCAGUGCUGGAAUGUACUGAGGGUGAAAGAGAGAAGAGCUUUAUCCCCCCUCUACUGCAGAAGACGGCAUCGGGCAAGACAGACAGACGGCAGGACGUGAGCUGGCACCCCCCUGGAGACUUGUCCCGGCACUGGAUUGGGAUCACACCCCCCCCCCCCCACCUCUGCCUCCUUUCCAAAUCACGACACCCUCCCUCCCUCAAAUUCUGUUUUCCUUCGCUGUUCCUCGUCUUUUUUUUUUAAAGCUCUCGCAGUGCUGGAUCGCACUCCUCGGCUGGAUUACAGCAGGGUGGCUCUUCUGCCCGUCCCCUAAUCCUGAGGGAGGCUGCGGAUCCCUCCGCGGGGGACCCACCUGCGCCUUCCUGCCCCUGUGGGUCCGCAGACGGGUGCGUGUCGGAGCGUGUGUGAGCGUAUGUGCGUGUGCGUGCGCUGAGAGGGGGGGCAUUUCUGGGGCCACGAGCUGACUCAGCGGUUGGAAGCGUGCUUGCGGAUUGAACCCGGAAUCAGGAGCGAGGAGGAAGGGGGGCGACAGGGUCCCUGGAUCGCCGUCUCAUCUUCCCAAAAGCCCCGCUCGGAAUACUGAGGAGAAGCAAAAUUGCGUAACGGAGUCGGGGGGGGGGGACCAAGAGCACGGCGGAAAGCGUACAGGGGCGGCUGGAUUGGCUCCGUGGCGGCGGGCAGACGCUGCGGCAGAGCGCUUCACACAGACGGAUUUACAGCUCGUCUGCUGCUCUCAUACGCCGCUUCUCAGUCUAUACUUUCAGCCCUUUUUUUCCCCCCAGGGUGCUUUCUUUCUUUUUUUUUUUGUGUUUCACCUUGGAUUCCACCCGUAUUGGACUUUAGCUCCGGACGUGGACAGGAGUGGUCUCCGGGACAACGACUGAAGAACACCUUCCUUCCCUGCUCUGCAUUCGGCGCCUGACUCGCUGCUCCUGUGUGUGUCGUGUGUGCGCGCGUUUUGUCUGCGUGUGUAUCCGUGCUUGUGCGUACGUGUGGGUGUGUGUGCGUGUGUGUCUGUGUGCGUGUGUGAAAGAUGCUCGGUGUUACGUUUCGCCCCUCUGACCCGUGUUGUCCGUGCCCACCUGGUCGCUGGUUUCGGGGUUAACCCUUCGUGAGCCGGCAGGAUGAGCGAGAUCUCCGGAGCGGCCGUUUCCGGGGCGAUGAUCGUGGAGGAGCCGGAGGCGGGCGGUGGCUCGGGGGGCAGGGAGCAGGCCCCGGAGCAGGGGCCCCUGCGCUGCGGGGGGUGCACCCUGUGGCCCCGGCAGCAGACCUGGCUGUGUGUGGUCCCCCUCCUGAUCGGGUUCAUCGGCCUGGGGCUCAGCCUGAUGCUGCUGAAGUGGAUUGUGGUGGGCUCUGUGCAGGACUACGUGCCCACAGACCUGGUGGACGCCAAGGGGAUCGGGCAGGACCCCAUAUUCCUCUCCAAGCCCAGUGCCGUCCCCAAACUCCCUGACACCUCCACCUCCACCUCCACCACCACCACCACUACCACCACCGCCUCCGCCGUCCCCCCCGGGGGCACCACCACGGUGAGGCCCAGGACUCGUGCAGGAACUCGGGCUGGGGGUCCCGGAGCGUCCGGCAGCCAGGUGACCCCGCGCAGCACCACCACCCGCCACGCCAGCGCCCCGCGCGGCCCACACCCGACCGCCUCCGGCAGCACCACCAGUACCAUGGCGACGCCCACCUCCACUCCCUCACCGUCCAACCCCACGGUCCUGCACGUCUCUACGCAAAUGUGGACACACGUGCACACCUCCCACAAGCCCCCGGCCGUGCCCACCCGGUCCCACGUCCAGGUCAAGACAGCGAUGCCUACAUCCCCACCACUUCGUUCAGAGCACUUUAAGCCGUGCAAGGACAAAGACCUGGCCUACUGCCUGAACGGGGGCGAGUGUUUCGUCAUCGAGACGCUGACGGGAUCGCACAAGAACUGCAGGUGCAAGGAGGGGUACCAGGGGGUGAGAUGUGACCAGUUUCUUCCCAAGACAGACUCCAUCCUCUCUGAUCCAACAGAUCACCUGGGCAUCGAAUUCAUGGAGAGUGAAGAGAUAUACAAGAGACAAGUGCUGUCAGUCUCCUGCAUUGCCAUAGGAAUCAGUCUGCUUGGCACUAUUUGCAUGGCUCUCUAUUACCGGAACAAGCGACGCAGGGAAAAGCUCCAGGCCCAUCUGAAAAGCUACAGCGUGAGCGCCUCGGGCUUUGUGUCCAAACCCAGCCUGAGGCCACAGGGGAGUCUACAGCUUCAGAAAUACUGUAAAGGCAAUGGGUCCUCCCCUCCUCAUGGUGGAGCUGUUCAUGAGUCCGGCUUUGUCCAACAAAGUGUUGCAUUAGCUGCUCACUCAAGGGUUGUGCCAACUGGAAAACACCACAGGUUUUUUUCCCAAAUAUACCAACCUCCACUGGAAGCGUGCAAGGAAUGGGGGUUUCACAGCAGCAUGAGCGGUUCCCUCUCUCACAGUCCAGACCAGAGAAGCAGAGCUGGCCACCGGGCAGCCCCUCGCAGAACCCCACCCAUUUCCAGAGGAAGGCUGAAUCCCAUGGGAGGGUCUAGGGAUUCUGGGCCCGCCUACCAGCACCUGCAGGAGGUGGAGUCUUCGGAGAGGGAGGUGGAGUCUUUGAGAGGGCACCACUCUGAAGGGACCAUCUGUGACCCGCGGCAGGACUCCUAUUUAAAUAUGCAACGCCCCUUGUGUGCUGGACGCGCCUCGCAGGGGGGCCUGGCCCAGGUGCCGUGCAGCCGACUCGAUGGAGGCGUGGCCAGGGCGGCCCCCGGGGGCUUCAGGUGCGCUCCCCUCCGCUGCUCUGCCUCCCCCCCGCCCUACCGCACCUGCUCUGUUCCCAUCAUCCCCUCCGUCCAGGGACACUACGACGACACUUCCUGUAUGCAAACGGCCAGCGGCGGGACGGGGGGUGGCCCCUCUGACGCGUGUCAGCGCUCUUCCUCCUCCCCUGCCUCCACCUCCUCCUCAUCCUCCUCCUCACAGUCUAAAGGGGCAGAGCAGCAGGAAGCAGUGGCGUUGCUAUUGGAUGAAGCGCACCAGCAGCUGAGAGAGCUAGCGCAUGCCCACAGGAAGCAGGACGACACAGGCUCCAUCCACACAGCUGCCAGGGAGACUGCCUGCUUUCUGUCACUCACUGGGGGCGAAGUCGGGGGGUUGGCCCUGAGUGGGCCACCCGAGACCCGAUUGGUGAAUCCCAGCAGAGAACCACACAGAGACUCCGCCCAGCCCUGCGAGUGAGGGGAGGUGUGGCCCUUCUUUGUGAUUGGACCAAUCAGCCCCCUGUGUUUCUUGAAACCAAGACUGCAGAGAUUUUUUCAGGGAGGAGAUGACGUGAAAAAAGCAACUUUAAAAAUAACUGAGUUAUUUAAAAAAAAUAAAUAAUAACAAAGAAAACAAAAACACAAUGUGCAUACAUUUUGGAAGAGUUAAAAGAAGGAACGGUGAGUGAGAGUUUAAAAUGUAUCAAAAAAGAAGAGAAAUUAUUUAUAUGCAUUUAUUUAAAUGACAAGCUUCUACUUAGAAAAACCAAAUAGUCUGUCAUCUCCAUUGUGUUUUUAAGUGUAAAAAAAUAUACAUAUAUAUAUAUAUAUAUAUAUAUAUAUAUAUAUAUAUAUAUAUGUAUUUAUAUAUAUAUAUGAAACAAAACGUGACCAAGUAAAUGGAAGAAUCUGAUGUAACUUUUCUGUUGGACCAGCUCCUUCACAUCUUUCAGCCUUGGAGCACAGCUGUACAGACUCCUCCCUCCUCCUCCCCAAAUGCCAGGUCUGUGCGUUGACCUGACUGGAGGACGGGGGAAAUUUGACAUUCGACUGAUUAGCGGUGGGUAGAUUGUGCGUUCACUGUGUUUCUGGCCAAUGGAAGCAUCGGACUCUGCCUUGGGAAUCCCACGCCGUUAUCCACUGACACGGACUAAGGGGAAAGAGGGACUAAACGCCCCCAGACAAAGGAGCUCCUUCAGCGGGAUGCCCGUGCUGCACUGACUCCUAAAGAGCAGCACAUUAGCUCUGUUCUAUGGGCAGCCGCCCACAUACGAUGGCUCGGGUCAGUUCAGCUCCUGUUAUUUUCUCACGUGAGACUGGAAUUUUAAAAAAAAAAAGUGUUUUUGGGCAGAUUUGGCAGGCAUGAAGAAUGAAUAUUGCUCACCCAUCCAGACACACACACACACAAACACACGCCUGUGCAGGAGUACAGAGACUACAGCAGUAAGGUGGUGACAUUACUGCAGUUUGAGGGCAGGGCUCUGGGGGAAGAGUAUGGAAGGAUGUGAUGAUGAUGUGAUGGUGUCCAGUUUGGAGAAAGAAUAGUUGUCUAACAGGAGGUUCUGUGGUACAAUGGCAUGAGCAUGUGGAGGAGAUUUUGUUUUGUUUUUUGGAAGGUGAAAGGUGUCAAUCAAGUGCUUUUCUUGGGGGAUUGGUUUAGGAAGAGGUGGGGUAGGAUGGGUGGGUUGUGUCCAUGUGGUGAAUUUGCAUCAAGACUCCCCUUUUCUGUUUUGUUAAAAGCUUAAAAGCCAAUUUUUGGUAGAGAAAAAAAAACAGAUGGAAGGAGUAAAAAAAAAAAAAAAAAAAACUCCCAUGUUUUGUAUCGUUACUGUAACCUGUAACCUUCUACCCCCACCCCCAAGAUUGGUGCAUGUAAAGAUUAACAUUAGUGAACGUCAGCCCAAAAUUGAAAAAGAGGUUCUAACCACACAACCUGGACUCGUUAACAAUCUUUAUAGUUCAGCUUCAUAUUGUUCUCUGGGGAUUUUUAAAAAAGAGGACAUGGGAUGGCUAGAGACACAGCUGUGUGUUCCAUCUCACUGCUUCCUCCAAAGGUUCUCAAUCUUUACUCCUUGAGUAUCUUAAAACAAGCUCAGAAUAUAUUCUGUGUUACAGUAGCUCUGUAUGUUCAGAGGUUCCUUGUUUUCCUUGCUGAAACAGUUGAAGAGCAGUCACUGUUUUAUGGGUGAUCCACAGGUAUUGGGGCUGUAUGAAAUGUUCACUGUACCAGUUAACCUGUGUGGGACUGAUGUCCUUGUUUUCUCCUUUAAUGUUUAUAUCAUUUAUUGUUCUGAUGGCAGCUCCUAAAAGAGCUACUCUGUACUUUACACCCACCGUGAAAGUCUUACUGCAUUCCAGGAGUCAGGAGAUGAACACUGUCUGCCAAACUCUGCCAACUAUUUACUUACUGUUUAGUUCACCAGAACUAGCACCUGUAAAAUUACACAAGGCCAGUAGGGCUCUGUAAAGUGAAUAAAAACUUUAGGGCCUUCCGGCUGAACUAAUCGAGCAUGACAACAUGGCCCUAAUGAUGCUUUAGCCUACACUGAGUCCCCUCACGAGUUUCGUGACUCUCCUAAUUGUGUGUGUGUGUGUGUGUGUGUGUGUGUGUGUGAGUGAGAGUGAGUGAGCGAGAGUGCAUGUAUGGGUGCAGAGACUGUGUAUGCGAGUGUUUGUUUGUUUGCUUCUUUUCACAUCAAAUUUUACACAGGAUUUUUCCACUGGGCAUACACUGACAUUGAGACACUGACAGAGAUUUUUUUUUGGCUUGCCUGAUUCCCCCCUGACAUACUCUGUUCUUCUUGUACAGAAAGGCAGUGGUCCACACUUCCAGCCAGAGUGCAGACAGAGCCAGACUAUAAGAGAACAACAUCACUGUCUUAAAGGCAUCAGAGGGUGCAAGAGUAGCCGUUGAGGUCCAGUUCCUGUUUGAGCCUGAAGGCCCCCCUGCUUGCUGAGUACACCAUCAGAGCUUUCAGUGUGGCGAGAGGGCCAAUCAGAUUGUGCCACACGGCCAAACUGACCCCCACCCUGCACUGUGAAACAAUGUGGGAUGAAAUUACAGUCUCAGAAAUAAUAAUUUGAUAUUAAAUGUUGGUAUGGAAAGCUAAGAGCAACCCCAUCUCUCUCCCCUGCGCUGUUUAUUUUUCUUUUCUCCUUUUUCUUUUUUCUCCCACUCCCGCUCCUCUCUCCCUUUUCCCUCCUGUACAUUGUCCUCCUCUCCCCCUCUUCCUUCAGCAGUAGUAGCAAUAAAACGAUCUGCAGGAAUGUGCCAGUGUGAAUGGGGCUGGCUAAGCAUACUGCUACAGCUGGGUGAUAAAAUUUGGCUCCCUCACUUUAGAAACACUCUGAUGCACCAUAGGCACUGUCCAUGCCAUCUGUCCCCGAGUCUGUGCUGGAUUUAUUCUGUCGGCGAAUGCCUGCCAGACUCAUCUGCACAUAUACAUGCAUAAAAAAACCCCAAUCAAUUCACAACAUUUACCAUUUCUAGUUGUUCCUCUGUUGCAGGAGGAGAUAAAAAUGGGUCUCAGAAUAGAAUAGCUUAGUUUAGUGUGUGUGUGUGUGUGUGUGUGUGUGUGUGUGUGCGCACGUGUGUGUUUCAGUCAUGCACAUUAACAUUCCCUCCUCCUGACAGUGUGUGCUUCACAGUCCCUGAUCACCUCUGUAGUUUACCCUGCUACAGAACUGUUGCCAGCGCAGGAACUGUGUUUGAAGCGGUCUCUGUAGGGUGGGGCCAGACUGUGUGUUGGGGCCCAGUGUAAAGAGAUGAGGCACUCUUUAGGGGUGGGGCCCAGUCGCUGGGGUGGGCACUUAUCAUUGGCGAUUGGCUUGUGAAAACAUGUGAAGUUACCUGAUUGGUUGCAGCAUCUCCACCACAGACGUAUCACCUCAGCUAUCCGAGAUCACAUUCUAAUUGUCUGAUUUUGCACAGGAAAUAGAGGUCUGGUGUCUCCUCCACUCCCUGCAGCCUCUUGCUGUAGACACAGGAUUACCCAUGAAGCAGUACAGAGAGUAUGCUCUAUUAAUUUUAGCCAUUCACCCAGCUCACCUCUUAGUCUUGCUCUCGAUAGGUUAACACCAAUGAUGGAGUAACAGACACAUAAAUAUGAAUGUCCCUAGACAAUGGCGGAUUAAGAAGGAGAGAGCAGACGGAAGCCAAUCCUCAGACCCUCGCUUUGAGUCACGGAAAAACUCCAGCACCAAUGCACAGUGCUCUCAGGCUGCUUUUGCCAUGUUGCAGCAAUGACAUGUUCCAGGGACUUUAUGUAACGAUCAUGCAACUUGUUUGGUCUCUGCCCAGAAAUCCCACACAUCUAGUGCACACUCUUGGCCCAUGUAGUGCAUAUCUAUUGUGCAAUCCUCAUUGAUGAUGUACCCAAAGGGCCUCUGGGUAGCGUGUAAAUGUAAGCUGUGAUGGACGAAUGAGUCUGGUAUUUAACUGACCUGAGAAACAUGGUGAACAAUCUUGUUUCUGUAAUGCCCUAAAAAAAAAACUUAUUUCUGUUCCUUUUAUUUUUUUAUUUUGUUUUUUUUUUUUUCAAUAAAGACGAGUUUUGGUGUUGCA